AGGUUCAUUCAAAACCCUAAUUCUUUGUUUUAUGUACUCGUGUUUUCAUUCUUUCAACAUAGGUACUUCCAGAUUCAACUACAAAAAUCCUAGUCGUGUGAAACCUUUAUCUCGAAUGAAUUUCCUUAGUUCCACGCAUGUUAUGCUUGGUUGGAGUUCCACGCCAAAGCUAUAGGCUGUUCUACGAUGUCUCUUAGUAUUCCUGCAGCAUGUUUAGACACUUCGGGGGCAAUCUUGUCAGAUCCACAUAUUGUGUAGUAUUUGGUCCUGAUUUUAUUAGUGAAUAUUGGAAACUGAAACAGCUAGCUUUAUGUCAUUUCCCCCCUUGAAGCCUCAUAUGUUAUGUGGAAAGGAGUAUUACAUAUCAGUGUAGUGUAGUGUAGUUGUAGGGAAAAAUUCUAAAUCCAUCUAGAUCCUGACCUGGGUAUAUAGAUACUUUCAACUGUUGUAUGCUGUUUGAUGUAUCCCAGCCUCACUAAUGAUCAUCGAUAUACGUUUACUCUAAUAGAUACUACCUACAAUGGAAACGGAGGAUCUAAUCAAACUGCCUGCUUCCAGUAAUUCAGAACAUGGUGAGAAUGACAAUACAUGUGAAUCUGGUUCGGAAGCCAUUAACUCUGAAUCUCUGCCUCUAAACUCUAAGGUAACCGAAGAGAUUCAUGGGGAGGAUCCUGGAGCCAUUUUGGGUGUUUUGGAUGAAAAUAUGGAUGCUCUGAUGGAGGAUGACUUUGAAAGGGGUCCAAAUAGUAAUGCCGUGACCCCACCCAUUGGUUUGGAAAUAACAGAUUCAGUUGCAGAUGUAGAAAAAGUGGUGUCUGUUAGAUCUGCACAUCGUGGAAAUGGAUUUUUAUCGGUUCAAAGUGAAAUAAAUGUCGGCAAUCUUAAGAAAAAUGAAGUACUUUCAAGUAAAAGGGAGAUAGAUGCUAAUUCUAUGUCUGGUGUUAAGAGGCCCCGAGUGGCAUUUGAGGAGCAGCAACCUUCGGUGCAUGUAAUAUAUAGCUCUCUACCAAGAGAAAGUAAGCAAAAGCUCGAAAAGCUGUUAGAGCAGUGGUCCCAAUGGCAUUCACAGUGGAGCUCUACAUCAGAUGACUCAAAUGUAGUGCUGGAAUCUGGAGAAGAGACCUACUUCCCUGCUCUUCGUGUUGGCGGGGAUAAACCUUCUUCCAUAACCUUUUGGGUGGAUAACCAAACAAAAAUGCAGUCAAGUAAGGAGUUUAGACAAUUGGAUAGCUCUUCUGUUCCUCUCUAUGAUCGUGGAUAUUCUUCAGCUUUGACUUCGACUGAUGGUGGCAGUGGCUUGGAUGGAAGGGCAGAGAAGCUGGAUACUUCCCGUUGUUUCAACUGUGGUUCAUACAGCCAUGCAUUGAAAGAUUGCUCUAAGCCACGUGACAAUGCUGCCGUUAAUAAUGCUCGAAAGCAGCACAAGGUCAAACGAAAUCAGCAUCCCAAUUCUCGAAAUUCAACUCGAUAUUAUCAGACUUCUCGGGGAGGAAAAUAUGAUGGAUUAACACCAGGUGCUCUUGAUGGUGAAACAAGGAAAGCGUUGGGCCUUGGGGAGCUUGAUCCACCUCCAUGGCUUAACAGGAUGAGAGAAAUUGGAUACCCUCCUGGUUAUUUAGAUGCAGACACAGAGGACCAGCCUUCAGGCAUAACAAUUUUUGGUGACGAUACAUCUAAGGAUGAAAGUGAAGAAGGGGAAAUCUUAGAUACAAGCCUUGCUGAGCCAUCUAGGAAAAUGACUGUCGAAUUUCCUGGGAUAAAUGCUCCCGUCCCAGAAAAUGCCGAUGAAAGAUUUUGGGCACCCAUCUCUUCGAGUUCCAACUCGUCUAGGUAUAGUUCGCACCAACGGUAUAAUCAACCAUCUGAAACUUCCAGCAGAGGGUACUAUAGUGAGCAGAGGUGGUCGAGGGAUUGGGACGAUGAGGGGCCUCCUGGAUGUGAACCUGGAACUAGCCCCUCUCUAUCGAAUCAUUUUCAUAGAUUCGGAGAUAUGGAUUCUGGUUACCGCCCCCUUAGCCCCCGAGCCAGCCCAUCGACGCCUUGGAGCUCGAGCUAUGCCAGAUCGUUGUCGGAUAGAGGAAGACGAAGUCCCCUGCAUCAUGAUGGUUCUCCCACCUAUGGCUACUAUGGUUCAUAUGCUUCUCCUAGAUAGACAGAGGCUAUGCUUUUGUAUACCUAAACAGAAAUGAAGGUUUGUGUAACAUGUUAUUUCAAAUUUUAAAUUUCGUUACAGGGGUGGAACCACAAUCUUUCGAAUAGUUAUGUAACUUUUUAAAACUUUUGCAAUUUCAGUGUUUCAAUAUUUUUCAGUAAUAAAGUCAUGUUGUUUCGAGGCAAAA